AUGUCUCGUCCGCCUAUCACGUCCGCCUCAAUCACCUUCUUGGGCACUGCAUCCGCCCAACCGUCUUCUACGCGUAAUCACUCAUCUCUUGCACUGCGAUUAGGCGGCGAUGUCUGGCUUUUUGACUGCGGCGAAGCGACUCAGCAUCAACUCCAGAGGAGCACCGUGAAACUAGGCAAGGUCGAGAAGAUCUUCAUAACUCACACCCACGGAGAUCAUAUUUUUGGGCUGAUCCCAGUGCUGGCUAGUCGUCUCAACGGCGCAGGUGGUACUGUUGACGAUGCCGAUGACCCAAGGCAUCAAGUCGAUCACCAAAUGCCACCGUUAGAAAUAUACGGGCCCUAUGGCACGCGUGCCUACGUUCGUAGCGGCUUGCUGUACACCCAUACUUUACUCUCGGCCCCGUAUGUCGUCCACGAGCUCCGCACACCGUCCGAUCCACCGUCUGGCGACAACAUAUCUCUGCCGCUGCACUCGGCAGAGCUACCAUCUGGACGCGAUAUUCUGCAGUCAGAGGAUCAACCUCUAUGGACAGACAUAUACAAAGACGCUGUUGUGUCGGUGUCCGCUGCACCUAUCUUCCACUCCGUUCCGUGUGUAGGAUACGUCGUUACUGAAGCGCCCGUACCGGGUAAGAUCGACCCCAAGCAAUAUGCACCAGAGUUGAAACGCACGGGGGCACCUAUGACUCUGAUGAGGCAACUGCAACAAGGAGAGUCCGUGCAACUUCCUGACGGGACCAUCCUUCACGGUCCACCCCGCCGACCUGGACGUAAAAUCGUCAUUCUAGGGGAUACGUACGACGCCUCGCCCAUAAUACCACUCGCCAAAGACGCGGACAUCCUCAUUCACGAAGCAACAAACGCCCACUUGCCAGAUGUCGAUUCGCAUACGAAGGCUACAGAUACGUACGAGAGCGUAGAAGAACGAGCAAACUCGAGAGGGCAUUCGACACCGCAAGUAGCUGGCGCGUUUGCCACACGUACGCGCGCAAGGAAGUUGCUCCUGAAUCACUUCUCUGCGAGAUACCCAGGGGACGACGAUUGUAACGAAUGGUCGAAAAAGGUGAUGGAUGCGAUCAAGUCAUUGGCAGCAACAGAAUACGAAGGAGAGAUAGUUUGUGCAAGGGACUUCAUGACAAUAGACUGUAAAUUACCGAUUUUGGAUUGA